UGAAGAUAAAACAAUGUCUGCCAACCUAAAAUACCUUUCCUUGGGAAUUUUGGUCUUUCAGACUACCAGUUUGGUUCUAACAAUGCGUUACUCUAGGACUUUAAAAGAAGAGGGACCUCGUUAUCUAUCCUCUACAGCAGUGGUUGUUGCUGAAAUUUUGAAGAUAAUGGCCUGCAUUUUAUUAGUCUACAAAGAAAGCAAAUGUAGUCUAAGAACAUUGAACCGAAUACUACAUGAUGAAAUUCUUAAUAAGCCUAUGGAAACCCUUAAACUUGCUAUUCCUUCAGGAAUAUAUACUCUUCAGAACAAUUUACUGUAUGUGGCAUUGUCAAAUCUAGAUGCAGCUACUUAUCAGGUCACAUAUCAGUUGAAAAUUCUUACUACAGCAUUAUUUUCUGUGUCUAUGCUUAGUAAAAAAUUAGGUGUGUACCAGUGGCUUUCCCUAGUAAUUUUGAUGGCAGGAGUUGCUUUUGUACAGUGGCCUUCAGAUUCUCAAGAACUUGAUUCUAAGGAACAUUCAGCUGGCUCUCAAUUUGUAGGCCUCAUGGCAGUUCUCACAGCAUGUUUUUCAAGUGGCUUUGCUGGGGUUUACUUUGAAAAAAUCUUAAAAGAAACCAAGCAAUCAGUGUGGAUAAGAAAUAUUCAACUUGGUUUCUUCGGUAGUUUAUUUGGAUUGAUGGGUGUAUACAUUUAUGAUGGAGAAUUGGUAUCAAAGAAUGGAUUUUUUCAGGGAUAUAACAAACUGACCUGGAUAGUUGUUAUUCUCCAGGCACUCGGAGGCCUUGUAAUAGCUGCUGUUAUUAAGUAUGCAGAUAAUAUCUUAAAAGGAUUUGCAACCUCUUUAUCCAUAAUAUUAUCAACACUGAUAUCCUAUUUUUGGCUACAAGAUUUUGUGCCAACCAGUGUCUUUUUCCUUGGAGCCAUCCUUGUAAUCACAGCUACUUUCCUAUAUGGUUACGAUCCCAAACCUACAGGAAAUCCCAUUAAAGCGUAGUCGAAUACUGUCUUUUAACUGGUUUUUCACAAUGGUGCACUAGGAAUCUCCAUGUUAAUCUUACACAGGACGACUGCAGAUUCUAAGAAGAUAUCAUCAUGCUAAAUCCGAUCAUAUUGUUAAGGACAAAAUACGUGUGUAUAUGUAACAAAAAUACCAAUUGCAUCGAGAAAUCAAAAUGUCAAAGUAUUUCCUGGGAUUAUAAUUAUUGGUAGAAACUUGAAAUCUGAAUUUUAAAAGAUUUCACCUUUUUGAUUGUUGCAGAACUGUCCCCUGUUCUCUGCAAGAGCACACAACAAAUAUCAGAUGUAAAAUCUUGCAAAUUCCAUCUAUUUGAUGUGUUUUAAGUGUUUUUAUGUCUUGCUCCUUCUGUACAGAUGUCAAAUCACACAUAAUACUCAGACUUUGAAAAUGAUAAUUACCUAUAAAGCUGUGAAGCACUAGCAGUAUGAGUUGAAAAACAUUUUUAUGUAUCUGAGAUUUUUAUAUUCUUAUAAAAGAUUACCACGCAAAGGAUUGCUAAUGUUAUUUGACCAACUACAUAAAAAUUGAUAAAUCUGGCCCUAAUUUGUCAAAGGAAAAAUUUCAUAAUCAAAUAUAAUAUAGAGGAAUGCACACAUCUAUUUCUCCAUCUGUAUUUUAAGAUCUUUCAGUGCUUUGAAAUGGCUAAAAGCAAUCCAGUUUGCACCUGUGCUAGAUAGUAGCCAGUGACUUUUAUGGAGCUUGGUAUUUAAUCUCUUAACUGUAUUUCUUUUCUGUAAAUCAGAUAAAAAUUUAAUAUUUUAAAUUAAAUUUCUGUAUGUAUUAAUAUUGACUAAAGUUUUAAAAUGUAAUUUAAAGGGAUUAAUUGCUCAUUUAAUAAUUUAAAAUAAUUAUUGUCUAAUAUCUCCAUUUGGAGAAUUCUGUACUAUCAAAGUAUAUACUGUAUACAACUAGAAUACUUUUAAAUGAAUGUUUUACUCACUGA